GGGAAACAAUAGAGAAUCAAAGCAUAAUAAUAUUCCUAAAUGAAGAGGGAAAUGUUGCGCUGCUCAUUUUAUUAAUCAGGCUGCCAAUUUCACCCAAGAGGCCAAACCCAAGAGCAAUGUGAAACAGACUGAGAGAUCAAGCCAGGGACACGCAGCUCUCCUCCUCACUCCUCUUCCUCUCCACUUGGAUAUUAUUCGUCUGACCGAAGGCCGCCUCCAUCAUCAAGUGACAGCCCUCUCCUAUUUAUUUGCUUAUAAACCUGUUACAAUAAAUGAUCAUUGGAGCGACGUCAGCCGAGCAUUUUAACCGCGAACAGCAGCAUCCACUUUUUGAUGAAUGACAUUUCUGCAGCCGCGGGGAGGAUGCACGCUUCACUUUGAGCAGUCGCUCGUCGAUUGCAUUCACAUUCUUUCAUUUUGCGCGUCUUGCUUAUAAAAAGCUUUACAGACACUUAUUUAAGAGACAGUUGCAUGCGGAUUUAGCUCCGACACAACUCAUUGGUGUUGCAGCCGGCCCCCCUUCUUUUGGACAAGUGUUGAGGGGUUGUUGUGGGGUUUUUCUCUCUCUCUCUCUCUCUCUCUCUCUCUCUUCUUCGUCGUCCUGCCUAAUGAUGGAGAGGAUAAGAAAAGAGAUGAUAUUGAUGGAGAGAGGGCUGCACAGUCCGGUCGCAGGGAAGAGGCUCGCAGACGGCACCCCGGGAAACUCAGUGCUGGAGGCCCUGGAGAACUCGCAGCACAGCGGACGGCUCAGCCCGAGAAUAACUUCGGCUCAGCUUCAUGGAAAUCUGGGGGACAUCCCGACGAAAAGCAAAUUUGAGAUUGACAGUCUUUUCGGCACGCACCACAACAGUGAAAAUAACUCCUCGGCGGAGAUUUCUUCGUCAGAAAGCAGGAAGAAAAUGAGUCUUUAUUCUGAGGUUUCUCCAGAUUCAGAUAUUAACAGUGAUGUGGAGGUGGGAUGCCCUUCGCACCGCUCCCCGAGCCAGCACAAGGAGAACAACAAAGGUUUUUCAGAUUCUGGGUCCUCCAGCUCAAACUCCCUCGCGAAUAUGAACGGUAACUCAUCGGGAUCAAACAAUUCUAAUUCCGACCAAGUGAGAAGAUAUAGGACUGCUUUCACCCGAGAACAGAUCGGAAGACUGGAAAAGGAGUUUUACAGGGAAAAUUACGUUUCCAGGCCGAGAAGAUGUGAAUUAGCUGCAGCGCUAAAUCUGCCCGAAACGACCAUUAAGGUGUGGUUUCAGAACAGGCGGAUGAAGGACAAACGGCAGCGUUUGGCGAUGUCCUGGCCCCAUCCCGCAGACCCCAGCUUCUACACCUACAUGAUGACGCACGCGGCAGCUACAGGAAGCCUACCAUACCCUUUCCACUCUCACAUGCCUCUACAUUACUAUCCGCACGUCGGUGUCACAGCAGCAGCAGCCGCCGCGGCCGCCACCAGUGCCGCCUCGUCACCUUUCGCCACCUCCAUCCGACCCCUCGACACUUUCCGGGCGCUUUCCCACCCUUAUUCACGGCCAGAGCUCCUGUGCAGCUUCCGGCACCCGGGACUCUACCAGUCACCCGCAGGCCUCAAUAGUUCCGCUGCAGCGUCGGCAGCCGCGGCAGCAGCAGCGGCGGCGGCGGCGGUCAGUGCGCCAUCAGCAUCCGGGCCCUGCUCGUGUCUGAGCUGCCACAGCAGCCAGGCCGCGAGCGCGCUCGGCUCCAGGAGCGCGAGCUCUGACUUUACCUGCACAGCUUCCGGGCAAAGAUCCGAGAGUGGAUUUCUGCCCUAUUCUGCAGCUGUUCUCAGCAAGACCUCAGUCCCGUCUCCAGACCCGCGAGAGGAAAGUUCACUCAACAGAUAACUCGACACACAGCCUACACAUAAACGGGUCAUAUUUUUGCUUUUGUCCUACUGUAGGGAAAAGGCCUUCUUUCAAAAUACACCUGGAGUUAAUAAGCAGCAUUACAACUACAUACACACAAAAAAACAGAUUAAUUUCAUAAAGUACAAUAGCUCUUUUAGGGAAAUAGCUGAGUAACGAACAUUUUUAAACUCACUCCCACAAAACUUUUCUAAAAUCUCGUGCCGGUGUGUUGUGCCACUAGAGCAGUUUUUUAUGGACUAAACUGGAUUUGUUUUUUAUUUUUGUUUUUCCAUUUCUAGGUUGUAUUCCCUUUAAAGUUAUCUGGGUUUUUUUCCUUGCAAAUCGUAGCUAUAAAUUAAACGCAGGACUAUAAUUUAUCCACUAUUCCAGUUUUCUUCUUGUAAAAUGUCUAGAUUCCAUCGUGACAAAGCCUUCCUUCACUCCUUUGGUCCACACAAACUCAGCUUAUUAUGCUACCUAAAUUUAGCUAGCAGAACGUGUGUGCUAUUCUUGCCCAGCAGCAUAUCUUUCUUCACUAUAUAGGCUAGGCCUAAUGGAGUUAGAUUUUGGCAGGACUACCCCCUUCAACACCCAGCCCCCUACUCUUUUGGGACUUCCCUAAUCAGCUCAGAAAGGUGCAUAUAAUUCUGCACCGCGUCUUUUGGUGUCAAUUUUUAUGUUAAUAAUGAGAGGAUCAUGACAAAAAUUGCCAAUCAUGUACCUAGAUGGAGCUCUUUUGAAUACACGACUGUAAGGAAGUUGCUCGUUUUGAGACCCGCUGUCAAGUGCUAACAACCCGCGGAGGGAAGUCAUUAGACAUACAAAAGAGGCUGAACAAAGCGACAGAGCUGGUACACAAUGCAUCGUGUAUAAGGCUUCUAUUUGACAUGUAAAAAUAUUAAAGCAGCCUGCUGAUACCUCCACACACAGUAGCCUCUCUCUAUUUACAUUGCUGAACCUCAUUAUAUCAAAUCCAGUAUUUUCAUAGGAGUGUAAUCCCUUUAGGACCUUCUCCUCAGCACACAUACGCACACACUGCACACACACACACACACACACACACACACACACACACACACACACACACACACACACACACUCACUCAGACAAAAUAGCCCGGCUUUAAAAUCGGUCUGCGCCUGUACAAAAGAAAAUAGCUAUGUGCUAUUUUAUUCGUUCCUGUUGGGACAUCACUGAUAUGUUAAUUAUAAAACAUGUGACCUGUAAAUCGUGAAAUAUUUUGCAAAAAUGAUGGGUUAGUCCUAGGCCUACUGAUAGUUGAAAACUGAUUUAUUGAUUUUUGCCCUGAAAAAUAAAAGCUUCAGGAAAUGUGGACGGUAGGCUGUUUUUAAAAAAAUGUUUUUUUUAAUUUAUUUUUUUGUGACUUGCUGAAUGUUUUUUUUAAUGUUGAAACACUGGAUGUACACGCCAACAAGGACCAUCACUUAGCCUACAAAUUCGCCCGUGAACUCACCAUUGUAGUCCAAAUUCAUGAUUUGUAUUUUGUGAAAAAUUAACACUGAAUUUUGGAGAUGGAGAACAUUUCUUGGGAGGCUUUAAAGGGCUGCUAAUCGAGCACUGAAAUUUAAAUGAUGAAAAUAUUAUUGGCCUUUUGUCCCCUGGGUCUCUGUUAUAACGCUAUAUCUCUGUAUUUAAAUUAUCAAUGACUGUAUGAAUUUAAAUAUUUUAACUUGAAAAAAAAUGUGCAAUAUGAAAUGUAAAUCAUGUUAUUUAUUGAUCGUGUUUGUUCUUGGGAAAUAAAGAAAAAAACUUUACAUA